UUUACUCAGUGAGCGCCCGCAUUCUCCUUCGUGUCUUUUACUUUGAAAGUUCCAACAGGAAAUUAUUUGGACACCGACACCGAAUCGCUUCCUGGUUGAUGUGGACAUAGAAGAACUACUGGGUGAGGUCUGUUGUGGCAGUUGAGUAUCGUUACAUUUCCAUGGAAAGCAGUAAACUUGACACAGCUGAGCCCCGGGUUCCAUCAUAUUGAUUCGGUGUUAAAUUCUGUUAUUCGGGAGAUUCCCGUCGGUCGCCCGGUGCUGCGGUGAAUUCCCCGUGUGUACCUCCCGCGGCUUGUUAACCGCUGUUCGUCGCUGAGGCUGCACGCCGGGCAGUGUACCUGUCACCAGCUUCUUUGUCUUACCCACAUCGCUGGUUUCGUUCCCCAUUGUCCGUUAAUUAACCUCUUUUCAACGUAUUUUGCUCACUUCUCCGAUGUGGACGCCGUCCCGGUCCGACGCCGAGGUGCUCCGCCACCGCCAGACAAAGAAGAUGCACUGACCAUAUGCAGCAAUGUGUGAUAUGACCUCCGCGUGCGCCCCACUGGAAAGUUCUGCACCCAAGUAACGUCACCUCGUCCCGAUAGCAAGACAUGGCGGCCUCCAAAGCCAAAGUCGGAGUCAACAGCGAGACCAACUCCCUGAAAGAGAGCAAAGGCAACGCCAGCUGUUCAGCAGGAGAAGCGGCACCGACCAACCGGAUGUACGGCCUGGAUGACCUGGAGACCAUCGCCACUGUCGGCACAGGGACCUUUGGCCGAGUCUUCCUGGUGAAGGACAAGCAGAGCAGGGCUUUCUACGCCCUGAAGCAGAUGAAGAUCCCAGACGUGAUCCGACUGAAGCAGGAGCAGCACGUCCACAACGAGAAGGAGGUGCUGUCUGAGGUCAACCACCCCUUUCUCAUCCGAUUGUUCUGGACCCACCAUGACGAGUGCUUCCUCUACAUGCUGAUGGACUAUGUGGCGGGCGGCGAACUGUUCAGCUUCCUGCGCAGCCGCGGGCGCUUCAGCAACGCCACCGGCCUCUUCUACACCUCAGAGAUUGUGUGCGCCAUCGAGUACCUGCACUCCAGAGAAGUGGUGUACCGGGACCUCAAGCCCGAGAACAUCCUGCUGGACAGCGAAGGACACAUCCGCCUGACCGACUUCGGCUUCGCUAAGAAGCUCUCUGACCGGACCUGGACUCUGUGCGGCACCCCCGAGUACCUGGCUCCAGAGGUCAUCCAGAGCAAAGGUCACGGCCGGGCGGUGGACUGGUGGGCUCUGGGCAUCCUGGUCUUUGAAAUGCUGGCUGGGUACCCCCCCUUCUUCGACGAUAACCCGUUUGGAAUCUAUCAGAAGAUCCUGGCGGGAAAGCUGGAGUUCCCACGCCAUCUGGACUUCUACGUCAAAGACCUCAUCAAGAAGUUCCUGGUCAUUGACCGAGCCAGACGGCUGGGCAACAUGAAGAAUGGCGCAGAUGAUGUGAAGAAGCACCGGUGGUUCAAGACCAUUGACUGGGAGGGUGUUCCUCUGAGGAAACUGAAGCCUCCCAUAGUCCCUAAAGUGUCCCACGAGGGUGACACAUCCAACUUUGACGUUUACCCGGAGGAAGACUGGAAGAAAGACCCUCCUGUGCCUGAGAAGGACUUAGAGAUCUUCAAGAACUUCUGAUCAGCCAGCCUGGUUUAUUUAUUGAUGGCAUGUCCCGGGCGUUGAGCCAACAUGGCAUAUAUCAACUUUCCGAGCUGUUAUCAAGGAGAAGAUGCCUGUUUGUCCCUAAAGACAAGCUACAAAUGAUUGAUGCUGUGACAUGUUUCAUACCACAGAGAUGAUUUGCUUUUUAUAUUUUUUAUUUAUCUAAGUAAACCUUUGCUGGUUUCAUUUUUUUAUCACUUAUUUCUCUGAUCCUACUCGUAUGCAAAAGAAAAACUAAUGAGUUUCCUUUGAAACCAAAAGACUGUUACUUUUUAGGUUUUAAAAAACAAGAAAAAUCAGGUCCUUUUUUACACUAUUACGUUUUGUUAUUUCUAAAAUAUGUUCAUUCAGUCAUAUCUAUGUGACUCCAUGCUGGUGCUGUACCUGUCACCUGGCCAGUAGUCAUCAGUGCAGUUUGACACACAUUAUUCUGCAUGUAGUCAUAGUCAACCACUAUUUUAGAAGGUGCCUUCCAUCACAGUUGAUAUGAUAUUCCGUAGAGGCAGUGCUCUGCUCAGCCAUCGCAGUACGUGUGAGCUUCUGAUUAGCCGCCAAGUCUCCUCCUGUUAACUCCUCCAUGUAUAUCUACAGCCAGAGGUCUUUGUGUUCAGUGUAAAGUCCCAGCUGCUCUUUCCCUUCACUCAUCAGCACCGUCGUAAUGCAGUCAUGUGAGGUAAAAGGUGCUGGGAUGUGAGGUACGUGUCACACUCUUCAGUGCAAUGUCACAGGAUGUAUCCGUCUUCUGCUUUAUUGUGCAGAACGCUGUUUGCUAUAAAGCAAAAACCUCACAUGAUUCAGUUCAACGCCAAUAAAGUCCAAGGGUCAAUGUGACAUUUCUCAGCCUUACCCUUCAUUACCGAGUUGCUGCGCUCUCACUAAAAGGCACCAAAGUCAGGGCAGGGAUGGAUGCUUGUUUGACCCAUCCAUCCCCCUGAACCCCUUCUUUCCUGGACUUUACCCCUUUGUUCCGCGUCACCUGACCCUCCCGGACCAUCACAGACUGACCCUGACUGCGACUCCAGAUCCCGCUCUGCUCUGUAGCCCCUUUGGGGGAUUUGGAGAUGUGCAAAUGUGAUACCGUUACCCGGAGAAGCUCGGUUGAGAUGUGUGAGAAAGAAGCUACAUGUUAAUGUCUCUACAAAGCUUCUUUUCCAGGGAACAGUUUAGGACAUUAUCUGAUGGCUAGAUGGCAGACAGCACUGACUCAUCACUCUGCAGUGAGUCGGUUACCUUUACAAGACGUCACAUGACUGUAGACACUUUAAUUUGUGUUUUCUUUCUCACCAGACUAUUGGUGUGACUAUAUUUAGCAAGUCCCUGACAUCAUCACACCUUUCUUUUCCUCAAUUAAACAUGCAGCUGGGCUGGAGACAUGGUGAGUUAGGCUGGUAGCGUUGACAUGAGCUUUAUCAUAAAUACAGCUUGAAUCUAUUAUAGGUUUCAAAUAAAACUCUAAUGUGGGCAUAUUUGAGUGACCUGAAUCUGACAAUAUUUUUUAAAUGUGAUAACGAACAUUUCUUGUUAUGUAUUGAAAGCAUACAUUUAUUCUGAUAUAUCUGCAACGUGGCGCAUAUAUCAGUCCAGGAUAUCAAAUUCUGGCAGCUUCAUACGGAACCCAUUGUCAUAGUUUUUAAAAACGCAUACAGUCCAUCACAUGCUGAUGAUUAAAAAUAACAUAACAAGCAAACCUUGCGUGACUUGGCUUCAUAAGUAUUAAAGGCAUCAGAAAGUGACUUAUUUAUGGGCAAAAACAGGACAUGGUUCCUUCAGUAGCACUCUGUAGCUUAUACCAAGCUUUUGUAAUGUACAGAAAAUAAUCUUCACUAAUGUUCACAAUGCCUGAAACAAGGGAGAUUAAAAGCACCCGCUAAACACAGGCUACCCAGAACCCCCUUGUGGGAAGACCCACCAUAAUCUGAUUGGUUAUACCCUUCCAGGCGGUACAGGUAUCUGCUGAAUGCUAACGUUAGUGCUAGCUUUGUUCAGCUAGUUUGUGGAGCUUCCUAAUUCCUAAACAAUUGUCUGACAUUGUUGAUAUCUUACCUCAACAUUUACAAAUAGGAAUUUAAUUAUGAAAACAUACAAAUAUAAAGCUCCAGGGCUUGUCAAGUUCAGCUAGCAUCAUAGCUGGGCUGACGAUAGCAUUUAGCAGACGGCAUGAAGGAUUUGGCCAAUCAGAGGUAGACUAAAAGCGGGUGUUCCCACUAAGCACGCUGGGUCCAGAUCCGCUCUGCUCAAACACUCCUUAGAAACACCUCGAAGUGUCUGCAUGAGGUUCAGAGGACAUGAAUAGCUCCUGACUACCCUAAUGUCUUGCCCUUGAUCUCGAUGCCGGGCGUCGUAUUUGUGCCCCCCCUGUGUGUAUUGUGUUGUCUGCGUGAGGUCUGUUCACUGCUCUCAUCAGUUUAAUCUCCAAACUCAGCCACUGAUGUCUUACCUUGCAAUAUCUUCAUAUUUCUCAACCUUUGUCAUGUUUGUGUCAUCAUGCAUUGUUUCCUAACCUAUAACAACGCUUAUCGAUAUAUAGUAACUCCUUUUUGUACCUUUCUUUAUGGAACUUAAAGCAACGGCACAUGUUUGUAUUAAGACUUGUUGGGUUCUGGAGAUGUUUGAACGUCAUAAGAAAAACACUGUUCUCCUCA